AGCAGCCAUCCCGCCUGCUGAACACUGAAACUUUGCGUCGCCGCCGCUCCCUCUCCGCCCGGCCCGACCCGGCUCGGCUCGCCCCUCUCCAUGCGCUGAGCGGCUGCGGGGCGCCCGCUCGGCCCCAUGGACUCCUUCAGCGCCGCCAAGGCCAAAAUGGGGGCAAAGAGCGGCGGCGAGGCGGCGGCGGCGGCGGGGCUCGCCGCGCCUCAGCCCGCUGCGGCGUCCCCCAGCCUCGCCGGCCACAGCUCGCCCGCCGCGCCCGAGCCCGCCGCCUACAAGCUGGAGGACCUGGAGACCCUGGCCACCGUGGGCACAGGUACAUUUGGGCGUGUUCAUCUGGUGAAGGAAAAAAUGGCCAAACGUUACUUUGCACUGAAAGUAAUGAGCAUUCCAGAUGUUAUUCGACUGAAGCAAGAGCAACAUGUGCACAAUGAAAAAUCGGUCUUGAAAGAGGUCAAUCACCCAUUUUUGAUCAGAUUAUUUUGGACCUACCACGAUGAACGUUUUCUGUACAUGUUAAUGGAAUAUGUGCCAGGAGGAGAACUUUUUAGUUACCUGCGCAACAUGGGGCGUUUCAACAACAGCACAGGACUGUUUUACUCUACAGAAAUUAUUUGUGCAAUAGAAUACCUGCACUCCAAAGAAAUAGUUUACAGAGACUUAAAACCUGAAAAUAUUUUACUAGACAAAGAAGGACAUAUCAAGCUUACUGAUUUUGGAUUUGCUAAAAAACUGGUGGAUAGGACAUGGACGCUCUGUGGUACCCCUGAGUACCUUGCACCAGAAGUCAUACAAAGCAAAGGCCAUGGAAGAGCUGUGGAUUGGUGGGCUCUAGGAAUUCUGAUAUUUGAGAUGUUGUCAGGGUUUCCUCCAUUUUUUGAUGACAAUCCAUUUGGUAUAUAUCAGAAGAUUCUUGCUGGCAAAAUAGAUUUCCCGAGGCAUUUGGAUUUGUAUGUAAAAGACCUUAUUAAGAAGCUUCUUGUGGUUGACAGGACAAGACGAUUAGGAAAUAUGAAGAAUGGAGCAGAUGAUGUGAAGAGACAUCGAUGGUUCAGGUCUAUAGACUGGGAUGCUGUACCUCAAAGAAAACUGAAGCCUCCUAUAGUGCCGAAAGUAUCCAAUGAUGGGGAUACAUCCAAUUUUGAAGCUUAUCCUGAAGAUGACUGGAACAAAACACCUCCGGUACCCCCUAAAGAUCUAGAAAUUUUCAAGAACUUCUGAAUGCGACAUCCACACUGGACAAGAAACUGGAAGGAAACUGAAGAGCUAAGAGCAAGUCUGAAGACAAACGAGUUCAUAUGUAAAUGAAGACUUUUUGAUGUGGAUGAGAAUGUUACUGCAUUCAGAUAUGAAUACUAAAUAUUUAAAGAGUUGGAGGCAGACAAAACUCAUUUUUAGCUGUAAACAUUUGGCAUUAGUUUAGCAAAUUGUAAUAAUGAUAGCCUACUCUGAAGUAGGCUCACUAAAAUGGUAUAUUUUAGUUUUAUUUUAACUUAUGGUUUUGUUGAGUUUCCUGCUAUUCCCAGAUCCUUUUUGCGUAGUUAUCUCAGACUUAAUUUUAUAAGUUUAUACUAAACUUGUGUAAUUAAAAGCACAAAUUAGUAUAUAUGUAUAUAAUGAAUACAAUACAACUAAAGCACAGGAACUGUGCAAAGAUGUAAAUUUUUGUACUUUGCAGAGUCUAUGAUUUUUAUUUUUCAAAUAAUGUUUUUCAAGAAGUUCUCUAGGGAUAAAAAUCUUAAAAGGAUAAAUGAGUUUUUCAUCAUCUUAUAUACAUUUUAUAAUUCUUUGUAAAAAAUAAAAAUAAUUAAGUUUUAAAAAAGAUUUGUACCUAAAAUUUCCAAUGCCUCACACUUGCAACCACAGUACUUGAAAGCAGAAAGACAAGGGAAUAUUUUAUUGUUGAUUUAAGAAACAUCUGACUGGCUAAUUCAUGAAGUUCUGUUACAGUGAUGUCUCUUUACAAACCAGGAUAUUAAGUAAUGAUACACUGUCUAAAAUGAGAUUUCUCAUGUAAAGACUCUGUAAACAUGUAAUUCAGUGCAUACUGAUAAAAGGGCUCUAAUAAGUUCCCUGAGUGGAUCUUACAGGAGUUGUUCUCUCUCUAAGCUUGCUAUCUUCAAAUUUAAAGCAUGAGCCAUACCAGACUCUUCAUUAUUGAAGCAGUUGUUGAAUGCUUGGCACUUCUGAAUAUCAGGGAGAAGACUGAAUAUGUAUUAGAGCCGAUUCUCUGCUCCACAUUUAGAAAUGUUCUAAAGUCUCUACUGCCAGGAAUUCCAUAUGUACAGAGUUGAAACCUUAGACGUAAGGAGUCUCUCUUUGAUCCUAUACUAACAGCUUUCUAUAUGGGACUCUGCCAGAUUGAGUACACUGUAUUUAGGAAAUAUUUGCAAUAUUGCUUCAUUUUAAGUAGCACCAAAUAUCACUAUGUGUGUAUGUAUGUAUCUAUGUAUAUGAAUAUACAUAAAGAUGAAGGUAGAUUGUAUACAAAUCAGGAUAUCUUUCAGGUUUUUUUGUUUCAUAUUGUGAUACUUAUGCUAAUAUAGGGAAAUUGAUUUUGAAGUACUUCAAUUUCAAAACACAAAUGCUUUCUUUUAGAUGUCGUGGGUUUUGAUGACUUCUAGUGAAAUUGUUGUAUUUAGACCAAACGUGUUUUUUCAAAAGCAAGUCAGUUAACUGGAGUUCUUCGAUGGCUUUAUAUAAAACUUAAAACUUUUAAAGUAGAUUGCAUAGGCCCACAAACUGUUCUCCAUAUUUUUGUUCUAAAAUAUCAUAAGAAAUCCAGGCCAAAGAUUAAUUUUUCUGAACUAAAUUCAGCAUGUUUAAAAAGUAGAUAUUGUGGUAAUAACUAAUAAAAUUACUAUGUCAGUAAUUUUCUGACAAAGUUAUAACUGGGGUCUCUUGGUAGAAAAGUUACCUCCAUUUUUGUUGCCAAGCUCUAAAUAGUACAGAAGUGUAGGAAAAUAGUAUAUGUACUUCAAGAGUUGCAAUUUUUAGGUUAUUAGAUCUGUCUCUCUAUGAGAAGUACAAAUUUGUAAGAGAUUGUAUAACUGUUUUUGCAAAACUGCAAAUUUUGUUUUUCUUUGUGUAACAAAAUCAUGACACUUCAAAGCGGUAAUUCUGGAACAUCAAAAAGUUGUCUUGAUAAUGUUAUGCAAAUGCCACAAGUUGAUGGCCCCAGCUGCCACUCACUGAAAACUGUAUAAGAAUAUCAAAUAAAGUACAGGAAACGCAUAGAGAAUCAUCACUUUAACAUGGUAAAAAUACAUUGUUCUCUUUAAAACAAAAAAAGUCUGAUCCACUGUAUUUAUAUCCUUGGAGUUAAAUAUUCCAAGUCAACUAGAGAAACUGAAGUACGUAAAAACACAACUUGCAGUGUCUAAAGGGAGCAAGUACAGUUCUACUUUUUAAUGUGUAAGCUUACAGUAUUUUAUGGAAUCUGAGUACUGCAAAACAGUUCCUUAUUUAAAGAUGUAUAUACUGCAAUAAGCAAGUAACCGAAAUAUCAAGUUCUUUUUGCAAAAAUUAAAACGCGAACUGUGUUUAAGUCUUCAAAGCUGAAUAAAUGAAGUUGCAUUUUAAUAAAUGUGCCAUUAGUGGUUAGAAGUUUUGAAUGCUUGAACAACAGGAGAUUAAUGUUUUUUUCUUUCUGUUUAUGAAUCUUAUCCAUUGCUGGCAGUGGAUGUACCAACCCUCAUUAUGAUAGGGACUAAAGAAGCAAUUAUAAUCUUAUUAAUUAUGCUGAUCCACUGACUUUACAUUGUUUCCACAGCCAUGAGUACGUAUACCUAACUACUGACCUCGUCAAUAUGCUUUCUAGUACAAAACUCUUUCCAUAUUUUUUAAUUAAAAUCCUUAACAAAAAAAAAGUUUGAAGCAUUAUUUUAAAUGAUCAGUUAUUUUCUCUACAGUCUUGAACUUAAUGAGCUGUAAUUAUCCACCCAUUUUAUUUAUUUGCACAAGUGAGUCAGUUUUAUUUUAAGUCUUUGCUGGAACUUCAUGGACCACUAAUGUAGUUCUGUCUGUGUGCUAAAUAAGGAGUUCCCAGAUACAAAGUGCACUAAAGACUCUGGAUUCUUUUCUUUUCUUUUUUUUUUUUUAGAGCAAAUUAGAACACUUUUUUAAGUAUGGUAUUCUCUGAAGUUCAUUUUAUUAUGGUUGCUUCUGUUAACAUGAAUUUUUGCAUAUAGACUGUUGCAUAAGGACUGUUUUCUUGCAGGAGCCCACAGGUCUUUCAUGUGUCUUCUGCUUUGGUGAACAAGAAUGUUAAACAGUAAAAAACAAUCUUUAUUUUUGAGUUUUAUAUAUAUAUAUUUUUAAUUGCCCAAUUUGAAAUUUUAAGUGAAUAAAUGUGCAUUGUAAACACAAUUGCCUUGUAACCAAAUGGUAAAAAUGCUUCAUGAUUUAAAUGGAGAACAUGCUGUAGAUUUUCUUGUAAAUUAGCUUGAUCAAUGAAUAUGUGUGCUACUGAGCUUUAACUAAUGUGAUCUUCCACUGUAGAAAAGUCAUUGUUAAUUGAUCAAAAUAUAGGUACUAAACUAUGUUUAAAUGGAUGAACAGGGAUUUUGCAGUUUUGAAAGCAAUUUAAGAUACGGCUGUUCCUCAGCUCAUCUGUUUGCCAUUCAGAAGAGUAGUGAUGCAGUGCUUCCUAUGAUAUAGAAUUAUUUUUCAGCUUUCAAAAACUGUAGCAUGAUUCCUUUUUGUACUGUACUGUGUACAGACUUCCCAUGUUUUGCACUUUUCUAUGGCAAACCUGACUGCUUUAUAAGUACUCUGUGUACUAAGUAGUGGUAGUGGUAGCAGGCAUUGAUGUACUACAUAAUCAGUUUGAACUGCUAGGCUUCCCAGGUUAACUUGGACUAAUGUUAUAUGUUGCUGGUUGCUUGUUGUAGCUCACAUGUAUAAGUACUGUUCAAAGUUACAAAGUCAGCCCUCAUUGCACAAUGAAAAUCACUGUGAUCUGUAUAUAAACCCUAGUAAAAUUUUAUUGCUGUUUAAUUUAUGUAAUAUCUGUCAAAUCUGGAUUCAUUUAAUAAACCUUUAUAUCUUUUUAAAUGUUUAAA